AUGAAACGUAUUAUUGAUGAUAUUAUUAAUCAAGUUUCAGCAAUGAAAUGUUUUCAAGAUAAAGUAACUUGUUUACUUGAUUUACCAAAUGAAAAUCUGCUUAUGAUUUGUCAUUAUUUAUCAAUAUAUGAUAUAAUUCAUUGUUUUUAUACACCUGAAAGACCAAAUUUGUCUCUUCAUUAUUUGAUACAUGAUUAUUAUACAAAGAUCAAUCUUGGUGUAAUGGCUUUUCAUGAAUAUAAUUAUUUGUUAAGUUUAUUUUCUCAUUCAGAUAAUCCUCUUCGACUUAACUCAUUAAUAUUACAUGAUGAAAAUGAAUUUUAUAUAGAACAACAUUAUUUUUUCUUCAUGUCUUAUAAUACAAUUCGUUCAGUUUUCAGCAAUUUGACAUAUUUUACUGUAAUCAAUCGUACUUCAAAUGAUCUUUGUACUAUGAUGGAUUUUGUUGCGAAUUUCUCAAAACUUGAAUAUCUUUAUAUUACUCUGGUGAAUUUUGCCAAUUAUCAUCCUCAACAUCAAAUCUUGUGUCCUCGAUUGAUCGAUUUUACAUUAUUAGAAAGUGAUACGGAAAUAAAAUUGAAUAAUAUUGAAUCUAUACUUAGUUACAUGCCUAAUCUUCGUAAAUUAACACUGAGUAUUCGUGAUAAACUUGAUCCAAGAUUUUCUCAUGGGCCGAUGAUGGAAUCUAUGUUAAGUAAAUAUGUUCAUCAGCUUGAUAAAUUUGAUUAUACCAUGACACAUCGAAUUAAUGAUGAACCACCAAUUGAAGCUUUUAUUCGAUGGAUAAUGAAAAUUGUAUGUUAUGAAUAUCAAACUUAUAAAUGGAUACAUAUAUAUUCACUUCCAUGGCCAUCAAAUCGACAAGACAAAAGAGAAUUACUCAUAAUCAAUGGCAAAUAUGAUAUAUCGGUUACAUCAGAUGUUAAAUAUAUUCAAUAUAUCAAACAUCUUGAUGUUAAAACACAUGAAUAA